CAGACGCGGCAGCGCCGGAUGGCGGGAGGCGGGAGUUGGAGGCCAAGGGAAGCGCUGGGCGGAAGUGGCUGUGGCUUUGCCCUUUGGCCUUUGCUGGCUGUGUGGCGGCUCCGCGGUUCGCUGGGCGUUCGCUGAGCGUCUCUGCUUAGCCGUGGUCAUGAGCCGGCACAGCCGGCUGCAGAGGCAGGUUCUGAGCCUGUACCGCGAUCUGCUGCGCGCCGGGCGUGGGAAGCCGGGCGCCGAGGCGCGAGUGCGGGCAGAGUUCCGGCAGCACGCGGGCCUGCCGCGCUCCGACGUGCUGCGCAUCGAGUACCUGUACCGCCGCGGGCGGCGCCAGCUGCAGCUGCUACGCUCGGGCCACGCCACCGCCAUGGGCGCCUUCGUACGCCCGCGGGCCCCGACCGAGGAGCCUGGCGGCGUGGGUUCCCAGCCUGACGACGGCGACAGUCCAAGGAACCCCCACGACAGCACGGGGGCACCGGAGACCCGGCCCGACGGACAGUGACAGGCGAAGCCCGAACUCGCUCGAUGGCGUGGUGGAGCCAGGAGGCUCGCCUGACUGCAUGGGGGGACUGGGGAACCCGCCCAAGGUGAGAGGGCUUAAGAGACUAGCUCGACGAAUUGGGGAUGUCAGAGACUCCCCCUUGGCGACGCAGGGGGCCUAGAGAGCCCCGUGAUGGACGGCAAGAGAGGCCCACUUUUUCUGAUGCUUGGAGACAGGUCGGUGCUCCUCCCCCAUGAGGGCUUGGGGCGGCCUGGGACGCUGGCGGGCUGGACAGUGUCAAGCCGAGAGCUACUUGCCCGAAGGUACGGGGAGCCAGGACGCCCCCCGGUGGACAGGGAGAGCCUGAGACGCCCUUCUCUUGACCCCUGAGAACAUACCCACUUCUGGCUCCUCAAGGAGUCUCCCCUCUCCUGUAUUUAACUCUGAGAAGUGCAGACUUUUUGCUGAGAACGUUUUGGGAAGGUGCCCUGAUGAGCGGUGAGAAGCCCGGAAUCCCGUUCUGGAAAACUUUCCCCCAUUAAUUGUGACAAGCCAGGACCAUGAGGAAGGGGUAGGUGUCUAUCACCCUGGUUGAUCAACUGAAGACCCGUAAAGGCCCCUACUUGAUGGUUUUGAGGGGCAACAUUGACUCAUUUGCCCCUUCCCUCUCGGAAUGUUGGACAAAGGGAAUAAAAUUGGGGAUAUGUCUA